AUGUCUGAAAACAAGCUCAAGAAUUGUACAACAAGCAAUAAGAUUGAGCUCAAAAGUGUCUUUGCAACCUUUGACAAGAACCAUGAUGGGUUUAUAACGAAGAAAGAGCUCGAAGAAACACUCAAAAGUAUUGGAAUUUCUGCUACAGAGAAAGAUGUUGUAGAUAUUGUUGAAAAGAUUGAUUCAAAUGGAGAUGGUUUGGUUGAUUUCGACGAGUUCUGCAAGCUUUUCGACCCAAAGUCGAGUAGAGAUGAAGAGGAAGAGGAAGAAAGAGAGAGUGGGUAUUGGAAAGAGGCUUUUGAUAUAUUUGAUGGAAAUAGAGAUGGGGUGAUAACAGUGGAAGAAUUAGGUUUAGUGUUGUCUUCUUUAGGGUUUACGGAAGGUAAUAAGUUAGAAUAUUGCAAGGAGAUGAUUAGGAAGGUUGACAUAGAUGGAGAUGGCAUGGUUAAUUUUGUCGAGUUCAAGAAAAUGAUGAAAACUGGUACAAGGCUUGUUUCACUUUCUUGA